UGGCCUUGGUCGUGGAUGAGUACCCGCUUGCGUCUUCUUGACAUCGAAGCUUCGAUUUGCCCAUACGCUUCGUGCAGGCGAGGCACCAAAUUGCGACGUAUUUCUCACGCGGGUGAGCAGCUGGAGUGGAGCCCUGGAGAAGUUACGGGACACGAUUCGGUUACGGAAGGCCUGCGAACGGUGAGGUUGAGGGGGCAUUGUAUGUAAUACAAGUAUGACGAAAGAGAAAGGGCAGCCACAGGCCUACGGGGAUGAGUCCUACUGGGACAAUAGGUACAGCCAAGAUGUUGGAUCAUUCGAUUGGUACCAGCGAUAUGGUGGUUUGGCGCCCCUUAUCAACAUGUACAUGCCUAAGACAAACAAUUUGUUGAUGGUUGGCUGCGGAAAUGCAGUCAUAUCAGAGGACAUGGUAAACGACGGCUAUCAAACUAUUAUGAAUAUCGACAUUUCUCAGGUUGUGAUUGACGCUAUGAUAGAGAAAUACAAGGACAUGCCACAACUUCAAUAUCAGAGAAUGGAUGUUCGAUCACUCGGUUUUAAAGAUGGAGAAUUCGAUUCUAUCCUGGAUAAAGGCAUGUUCGACUCAUUGAUGUGCGGAUCCAGUGCACCAACAAGUGCUGCAUCCAUGAUUAAGGAAGUUCGCAGAGUCUUGAAACCUGGAGGUGUUUACAUGCUUAUCACGUAUGGUGAUCCUAGAGUGCGAAUACCCCAUUUGAAGUCGGAAGAAGCUCCUUGGGAGAUCAAACUGCACGUAUUACGUAUGCUUACAAGACCUGGAUCCAAGAGAGCGCACGAGGGCACCUCUCGGCCCAUCACCGAACCUGUAUCUCUUGGAGAAGAUCUGACAUUAGGACCUACAUUCAAGCUUGAAGACCCUGAUUUGCAUUAUGUUUACGUUUGUAUUAAGGAAAAUGUUAAUCCAAUAGCUCCACCCCCAGAAAAAAAAUCAUCAGAAAAGAAGUCCUCAAAUAAGAAGGCACCACAAAAGAAAUAACUCUCAUAAUGGCAAGCAGAAGCUUUAGAGAGGUGGAAACGCUGUUAAGAGGCCGUCAGGUGAUGCCAAAGUUGACAUCAAAUUAUGCGCCAAGAGUCAACUGAUUUCAAAUUAUGAAGUUUAGUCCACGGAGUUACACUUCACGGAUAAUGUCCAGUGUCACAUGGCGUUUCGAAGUUGUGGAAGCUGGCUGCGAGGUUGUUCUGUUUGAGUAAUUCUUCAGCAAGUCUGUCCAAGCGCUUGUGGAAGUGCCAGAUGACCUCACUUGUGAAGUCAGAUUGUUUGAGCAUUUAAGCUGCUCUUUCUGACUUGAUAAUUGUAAAAUGGGUUAGGAGGUAGAUAAGCGUGGCAGUGGUGGAGUGGUGAUCGUGUGUCUUUGCAUAUGUUAACAUUGCCGAAAAUCAAUUUAUCUUAAAUAGUGGACCUCUACUUUCUCACAA